CAGUCACUCUGUCAGCUUUUAAAGCACAGUUACUGUUCACAGAUGUUCUCUACAUUCAUUAAGCCUUGGUGAAUACAGAAACUAAACAGUAUUUUCAGUAAUUUCCUGUAAGGUUGCUAAUUUGCUCUUUUUGUAAAUUUUGCACCAGUUGUUAGUCUGUUUGAUGUAUCUUUCGUGGCCCUUGUGAUACCUUUCUGUGUUUAAUAUUUCUUUUGAUUUUUUUUUUCUUUGCUUCAGGGUGAAAAGAUGGGGAAUGCUGAAAGCAAUGCCUACCAGAAUCACCUUUCCAGAUUUCUUCCUGAGGAGCAGUCUGACAUUGAUGGACUAUUCGAGACCUUAUCGGGAUCGAGUGGCUCGGCUGGAGCAAAAAAUGCCAAAGCUUCAAAGAAAACUGUGACUCUGGCAGCACUACAGGCACACACCCGGGAACCCCUACCAGAGCCAAUGACUGCUCGGUUGUACAAUGGAAUGAAGAGCAUUGACCUGCCUGGCAAAUCAUCCGGGCUAAGUGAACAGAUUGCUAAAGAGCAGUUUGUAAUUUUUAUGUCAAACCUCUUAAAAGGGAAUGCAGAUGAGAAGAUUAGCAUAAUAAUGAGAAUGAUCGCCAAGACAGGAGGGCCUCUGAAGGGCAGACAAAUCCAAGAGUUCACAGAGGAUCUGAUCACAUCUGUAGUCCAUGUACUGAACUACAGGAAGGAGCUGAAAGGUUGGAGUUUGGAGAAUACGAGGGAUUCUUCAAGUGGAGUCAAAGCUUUGGCUUCUGAGCUGCUCUCGGAGUUGAAGCUCCCAGAUGGGACAAAACCUGUGGGGCCUCAGCUGCUGGAGACAACCUUCGACCAAAGUGUCAUUGAGGAUUGGGUGUAUCGAGUUCCCCAGAUCUCAGUUUUCCUCAAUGUUGUCAUCAGGCAAGGCCUCCACGUCCUGCAUUCCCUCCCAGACCAAACCAACGACAUCCUCAACCUGGUUCCCCACUGCAAAGGCAUCAAAGGACGAGGAGUUGUCAGUCUCUUUGACAUCCCAGCCAUCAUCUACAUCAACUCCCACCUGCCUGCAGAGGUGCAGCACAAAUGGCAGCUUUUAUUUUCCUCCAGGCUCCACGGUGAAAGCUUCUCCCAGUUGUGUGCUCAUAUAGUGAGCAAAGGUCCUUGCAUAGUGAUCAUAAGGGACUUGGAUGGUUUCCUCUUUGGUGGGUUUGCAUCUCACUCCUGGGAGGUGAAGCCACAGUUUCAAGGUGACAACAGAUGCUUUCUGUUUUCUGUUUUCCCCACUCUUGCUGUGUACACAUACACAGGGUACAAUGACCACUACAUGUAUUUAAACCAUGGCCAACAGACUAUGCCAAAUGGACUUGGUAUGGGUGGACAGCAUGGCUACUUUGGGCUCUGGAUAGACAGUGACUAUGGGAAGGGCCACAGCAAAGCCAAACCUCGGUGCACCACCUACAACAGCCCCCAGCUGUCAGCCAAAGAGGAUUUUACACUGGAUGCCAUGGAAGUGUGGGCAGUGGGAGAUGCCCCUGAGAGUGCAGGGAAAAAAGGUAAGAAGAGUAUCCUGGAUGUGGAUCCUCAGGCUCAGGCCUUGUUAGAAAUGGCUGGAAAAAGCCGUCAGAGCGAAGGGCUGCGGGAACCCAUGGAAGAGGAUGAAGAUGAUGAUGAUGAGAACUAA